AUGUCAAACAAGCUUAUCAUUUUUGCUUUGAUUCCGCUCCUGUUGAUGCUAUAUCCAUACGAUACUCCGUUAUCUGGAUAUAAAGAUUCCUGGGAGAACGAUGCCAUCGACAAGAGCACCAUCCCAUAUUUACCGGAUCAUUAUCCAGGUGGUGCAUAUGUCGACUUGCCAUAUGGAAAGACAAGAUAUUGGUUAAUUGGUCCUGAAGACGGAAAAAAGAUAACGCUUGUUCAUGGCAUAGCAGCUCCUGCAGCGAUUUUCACCGACAUAGCAACAGACUUAGCGAAGAAAGGGUAUCGAGUGUUAGCAUUUGAUCUUUACGGAAGAGGAUAUUCAGCUAGCCCGUCUGCACCAAACACCGAUGCGUUGUUUGUUUCUCAGCUUGCAAUGUUGUUAGGGAAAAUCGGUUGGAAAAAGACGGAUCUUCUCGGCUUGUCAUUGGGAGGAGGAAUCGCAGUGUCAUUUACCAGAUACUUUCCGGAGCAUGUCAAUUCAUUGAUACUGCUGGCUCCCGUAGGGCUUAUGGAUACAAUUGAUAUACCUGUUUACGCGAGGGCGUUAAAAUUACCGGGAGUAUCUUCUGUUCUUGUUAACUCAUUCACGAGACGAUUGAUAGAGACUCUUCUCCGCUGGCACAUAUCUCGGAAUCCCGAUGAUUCGAAUGACUUGAGACUCAAAAAACUGCAACAAAUUUCCGGCUAUCAAUUUGCCAAUCAUCUCGGAUUUUUGAAUUCUUUUGCCUCAACAGUCAGGCAUUUUCCAUUCUCCGAUUUGGGCGAAGCGUAUGAAGCAGUAGGGAAACUGAAUAUAAAAGUGUUGAUCAUAUGGGGUGACAAAGAUACUACUGUGCCUUACGUCCACGCGGCAAAAGUCAUGUCUUACAUUCCCCAUGCUAAACUCGUCAAACUCACGGGGGAAGGACACAACUUUCACGUGUUUCGUCCAGAGUAUGUUGUUUCAAUAGUGCAUGAAUUCUUGA